AGUGCUGAGAACGACUGGGUACUCUUAAAAUACGAGGCCGAAAUGGCGGGAGGUCUUGGCAAACUCGAUCACCAAGAUAAGGACACGCUCAAGGGAGUGACGAGCUAGCUCUCAGCUGCAUGCACUGCAGAGAUGGAGGUCGAAAUCCCGACCGAGCACCGCGCGCCCAAGGUUGAAGCUAGCGCGUGGCGAUGGCGUGAUCUCCCGGGCGCCGCCGCCAAGCCGCUCCGGGACCCACUCCUCGCCGUCAACUUCCUGCUCCUGGCCGUCGGCGCGGCCUGCGGCCCGCUCCUCCUCCGCCUCUACUUCCUGCGCGGCGGCUCCCGCAAGUGGCUCUCCAGCCUGCUCCAGACCGCCGGCUGGCCGCUCCUCCUCGUGCCGCUCUGCUUCUCCUUCUCCUCCCGCCGCCGCCGCAGGAGCCGCCAGGGCGACGACGCCACGGCCAGCGGCGGCGUCUUCCUCAUGACGCCCCGCCUCCUGGCCGCGUCCGCCGUCGUCGGCCUCAUGACCGGCGCCGACAACUUCCUCUACGCCUACGGCCAGGCCUACCUCCCCGUGUCCACCUCCUCCAUCCUCAUCUCCACGCAGCUCGCCUUCACAGCCGCCUUCGCGCUGCUGCUCGUGCGCCAGCGCUUCACCGGCUCCACGGUCAACGCCAUCGUGCUGCUCAGCGUCGGCGCCGCCAUGCUCGGGAUGGGCUCCGGCGGGGACCGCCCGGCGGGGGUGUCGGGCGCGCAGUACGCCGCCGGGUUCGGCAUGGCGCUGGCGGCCGCGGCGCUCUACGGCCUCGUGCUGCCCGUCAUGGAGCUCAGCCAGGCGUGGCACGCGGCGCGCGCCGGCGCCGCGGCCCUCACCUACACGCUCGUCGUCGAGAUUCAGGUCGUCAUCGGGCUCACCGCCACGGCGUUCUGCGCCGUCGGCAUGCUGGCGAACAACGAUUUCCAGGCAAUCCCAGGAGAAGCCCGGCAGUCCGAACUCGGCCAGGCGGGCUACUACCUGCUGCUGGUCGGCACAGCCGCCGUGUACCAGUGCUUCUGCCUCGGCAUAAUCGGCGCCAUCUACUACGGCUCGGCGCUGCUCGCCGGAGUCAUCAUCACCGUGCUCCUCCCGGUGACCGAGGUCCUGGCCGUCGUCUUCUUCCAUGAACCCUUCAGCGGCACCAAGGGCGUCGCCCUGGGGCUGUCGCUCUGGGGCCUCGCCUCCUAUUUCUACGGCGAGGUGCGGAACAAGGCCCCGGAGGCAGAGCACCGGACAAGUCUGUGUGUGGAUCGUGACUGCGAAAAUUAGUGGGAACAGCACGUGCUUCUUUUGAGAAAGAAGGGAGAAUGUAUGAACCGAAGGCCAUGGAUGGCAGUGGCAUGGCACACAUAAUAUUCGCUUGAAAACUUGUGCUCCCGUCUAGCAGUAAAGAUGUUCUUUGUCCAUGGUUAA